AUGGCUUUGCGGGGGGCCCUCUUCCGGUGUCUCCUUCUGGCUGCGUGCCUGGCCGGCACUUUGCCCCGCCCUGCCUGCAGCGGCCCCGCCGGCCCCACCUUCUCCCCCGCCGGCUGCCUGGACCCCCCCACCGGCGUCGCCACCUUCCGCCCCAUGGUGGAGGAGCUGGAAGCCCGAAAGGGCCCCCCCCACUUUACUGGGCUGCCGCGGGGGGUGCGGCAGCGCACGUAUGCGGGGACGGACCUGUGGAACAGCCGGGGCAUGAACCUGACGCAGGCGGUGCGCGCCAUGCUGGGGGAUCCCUUUGCGUACUACGAGACGGCGCUCUUCACCGUCUACAAGAUGGCCCUCCUCAACCAGACGGCCACGCUGCCCUACCUCGUCUACGCCUGGGAUCGUGGGCACUGGCCCACCACGGAGGACGGGCCCUGGCCCCAAUAUAAGGUCCCCGUCGGAAGAAAGCGCGGACUGAAAGGGUUCCUGCUCGCGGUGCAGUACUUCAAGGAGCUGGUGCGCGACAUUGUUCCCGCGAUUGCGGACUCGGGGCUGGCGGAGGUUGGCGCGGGGUUGAGCGAGGCGGCCGCGGUGUGUCGCGCGCGGCUGCUGCUGGACCACCGCUUCGCGCGGCUGGGCCGCGAGGCACUGGACCAGACGUACCUGCUCGGGGUGGGCAACGACCUGGGGGAGGACCCCUACGACUGCCUGUACUCGUCGUCCUCCCAGGGCCUCACCAACGAGGUAUACGGGCCGGAUGUCGUUGUUCUGGCGCCCGACCACCGGAAGCGCGGGCUGGACCUCAACUUCUACCAGGACCGCUUCUGCCCCCACUCCCACGACUACAGCGAGAUCCUCACACCCGGGUACCGGUUCCCGGACGCGAUCGAGGGCUACUUGGUGUUGACGUGGAACAUCCGGUCGGAGGACGAGGACCAGUUCAAGGGCGUCGAGUGGGCCUUCGUCAAGGCGCACCACGACGGGGAGGACUUCGUGCUCCUCCUCGGCACGCAGGAGUUGGACCACCCGGUGUUUUGCGUGGACCAGCACCCGGCGGGCCACUUCGUGGAGUGCAUCCCGGACUCCCUCCAGAACUACACGCAGCGCUGCCGCAAGGACCCGCAGCUGCCGUCCCACCGCCUCACCAACGUCACCAUUCCCGUCAUCGGGGUGCUCUACCAGGCACUCCCCGACGACGAGCCCGCAAUCCCCGGAGGAUUCGUGGCCGGGCAGAACGCCGAGCGGCGCGCGCGCGCGCAGGCGGUGCUGGCGCGGCAGCGCGGCGACGGCGUGAUGUGCAACGGGACGCUCAAGAAGCCGCUGCGCGCCGACGUGCGCGCGCUGGUGGACGGCGCGCUGGCCACCGAUGGAUCCACCUUCCAGGUCGCCCUCUGGACGGUGGACAUGGUGCAGUACCCGGCCACGCCGAGCAAGCUAGCGGCCGCGGCGGGCGAGCGAGCGGCCGCGGCUGCGGGGGAAGUGCGGAAGCCGUCGCGCGAGCCGCCGCUGUGGAUCAUCGCGCUGCUGUGCCUGGGGAGCGUCGGGGGGGACCUGCUCGGACAGCGGGCCACGCGGCACCACUUCAAGUCGACCCGCCGCAUGAUCCUGGUGAGCAUGCUGGUGUCCGCGCUACUAGUCCUGGUCCUGGGCGGUAUUGGCGAGCUGCUGUUCCCGCGCCAGACGGGCGCCAUCGUGGUGCGCGGCCGCCCGGUGCAGUGCUACCGGGAGGUGCUGGCCGGCGUGCCGGGCAAGGACGAGGCCUUCUGCAUCGCCCGCCCCGAGCAGUGCUCCCCGGUGGCCUGCCCCGCGCAGGGGCCGUCCACCAUCGGGUGGGCCAUCGGCGCGCACCCGCUGCUGCUGCUGCUGGGACUGCUCGCCAUCCUCUACCACGUGUGCGAGGUGGUGCUGCACCUGCACCCGCUGGGCAUCUUGUUCAAGCCGCUCGCGUCCUUCUUCGCCACGUUCCUCAUCGUGCCGCUCGCGCGCGUCUUCGGCUACUUGGAGGCGCCCAUCCCCGCCUACGUCAUGCUCGUCGGCGCGGCCGGCACGUACCUGUGCCUCUACGAAAAGAAGCGCGCGCCCGCGCCGCACCAGCACGUCGAGCUGGCCACCGUGGACGACGACGACGCGCUAGAGGACGACGCGCGCGCGGGGAGGGCUGCGCGGCCGCUCGGCGCGGCCGCGGUGGUGGGUACGGCGACGGUGGAGGACGACUUCCCGGUGUCGGAGCACUUCCACGAGAACGCGGGGCAGGGGUGGGGGCUGGGGGGGGGGAAAGAAAAGGCGGGGUACGUGGCCGUGGAGGCGGAGGAGGUGGAGAAGCACGUGCUGCGCGCGCACGGCGACGACGAGGCGGCGGGCCUGCUGGGGGCGGCCGGCAAGGGCGACGGCGCGGGGCGCAGCCUGGUGGGGUUCCUGCUGCUGGGGGGCAUCUUCGGGGUGCUGGUGACGAGCAUGGCGGUGUGGGUGAUCGUGCAGAAGCUGGUCAACGACCGCUGCCGCGUCAACGAGUUCGGCUUCACCGCGCUCGACCAGGUGUUGCUCCCGCUGUACAUGGGCGCGUUCCUGUGGGUGUGCGACUGGCUGCCCGCCGGGUACCGCCAGGUGUUCCUCCCCGACAUGCACGACCAGGAGCAGACGCUCGCGCAAGCCGCGCGCCAGGCGGUGGCGCAGUGCUGCGCGGCGCGCGGGGAGGCGCUCGCGUUGGUGGUCGUGCAGCGCGCGCUGGCGAACGCGCGCAUCGCGGUGUUCUUCUGGCUGUCCAUCAAGUACAACCUGACGUCCGUCUUCUUCGAGUCCACCGUGCUGCGCGUCAGCAUGAGCUGGCUCGUCGUGCUGGGUGUGAACACGCUCGCGCCGUCGUUCAUCAACCUGGCGGAUACGGAGCGCUUCACCUUCCGCGACGCCGACACGCGGCGCGUCAUCCUGAUCAAGGGCCUCGGCACCGUCGUCGUCUUCUUCACGCUCGUCCUGCUCGAGGCGCGGCGGUAG